GCGCGGCGGGGCGGCGGUAGCGGCGGGGCGAUGUGAGCGGGCGGCGCCAUGUCGGGGUGCGUGUGGGGCGCGGCGCCGCCGCUGCUGCUGGAGGCGCUGGGCCGGCUGUGGGAAGUGCAGGCGCCGCUGGGCAGCGGCUCCUCGGCCUCCGUGUACCGGGUGCGCUGCUGCGGGGACCCGCGGGCCCCUCCCGGCGCCGUUAAGGAGUUCGUGCCGCCCCCGGCCCGGCCCGGCCCCGCGCGCCGCCCCGGCGCCCGCCCGCCCGCUGCCGACUGCGCCGAGUACGGCUUCCGCAAGGAGCGCGCCGCGCUCGAGCAGCUCCGCGGGCACCGCAACAUCGUGACUCUGUAUGGCGUGUUCACCAACCACUACUCGGCCAACGGCCCGUCCCGCUGCCUGCUGCUGGAGCUGCUGGACAUCAGCGUGUCCGAGCUGUUGCUGCACUCCAGCAACCAGGGCUGCUCCAUGUGGAUGAUCCAGCACUGCGCCCGCGAUGUCCUGGAAGCCCUGGCCUUUUUGCACCACAAAGGCUACGUGCACGCAGACCUCAAGCCACGCAACAUCCUGUGGAGCGCGGAGGAGGAGUGCUUUAAGCUCAUUGACUUUGGACUUAGCUUCAAAGAGGGGAAUCAGGAUGUGAAAUAUAUUCAAACAGACGGGUAUCGGGCUCCAGAGGCAGAACUGCAGAACUGCCUAGCACAGGCAGGGCUCCAGAGUGAGACAGAGUGUACCUCUGCUGUGGAUCUGUGGAGUCUGGGAAUCGUUUUACUGGAAAUGUUCUCAGGAAUGAAACUGAAACAUACAGUCCAAUCUCAGGAAUGGAAGACAAACAGUUCUGCCAUCAUUGAUCGCAUUUUUGCCAGUGAAGGGGUGGUUAAUUCAGCCAUUCCAGCUUAUCACCUCAGAGACCUUAUUAAAAGCAUGCUUCAUUGUGACCAAGGCAAGCGAGCCUCUGCUGAAAAGGCUUUGUGCAGCCCGUUCUUCAGCAUUCCCUUUGCUCCCCAUAUCGAAGAUUUGGUGAUGCUCCCCACACCUGUGCUGAGGCUGCUGAAUGUUCUAAGUGAUGCUUCUCUGCAGAGUGAAGAAGAAUAUGAAGAUAUCCUGGAAGACAUAAGGGAGGAGUGUCAGAAAUAUGGACCGGUGGUUUCCUUGCUUAUUCCAAAGGAAAAUCCUGGUAAAGGCCAAGUCUUUGUUGAAUAUGCAAAUGCUGGUGAUUCCAAAGCUGCCCAAAAAAUGCUGACUGGAAAGAUUUUUGAUGGCAAGUUUGUUGUGGCUACGUUUUACCCACUGAGUGCCUAUAAGAGAGGAUAUCUGUACCAAAACUUGCUGUAGGCAGUAGCAACAAUCAGGAGAGUUGUCUCACUCCUCUUCCUCACGUAUUUUACAGUUGAAUGUACAAAAGAGCUUCCUAGCCCUGCUUCUGAGUCAUCUGUAAAGGAGAGAUGCAAAGGACUGAAAUGGGCUUUGAAACCUUUACUGCUGCUUUGUGAUGUGCAGAGGAGGCCUGGAUGGCUUUAAGCGUGUGCUUGUGUGUGUGUGUAGUGCUUGCUUGUUUACAUUGGAUGUGUGGCUUUGCCUGUCCUGGCGGAAACUCUGGUGACAGGAAGGUGACUGCGGGAGCCUUGCAGGCAGAGCAGGUCUCGACAAGCACUUUCAAACAAUGGAAGUGAGACCACUGAAUGUCUUGGCCUUAGCGCCUGGUUUUGCUCUGCAGAGAGGAUUUCUUUAUUAAGCUUUCCUAUAAUACCUGUGCUCUCCUCUAGUGGGGAGGAAGAAGGCUUCCCUGCCUUUGCUGUUUGUGGUGAAUCGAGCAGAAGCACCAUCCUCAUCCUCUCAAGACUGUAUUGGGAAGACUUUGAGUCUCCACGUCCCUUAGAGCAAAAGGAAGGAAGCAGGAAAAUGGUACCUGCUGAGCCUGCAGUGCUUCCCUGUCACUGACUGGUGAUCUGAGAAGAGCCACAUGUCUCACCUGGCACAGAUGGCAUGCUGGGCUCGGGGAGCGAGGUGUGGCUGAGCUGAACUUGCUUGUGUGCGUGGGAUAGGCAGGGACUGACUGGGUGUGGUUCAAUGUCUCAGAGCAGUGCCAGCUUCAGUCCCAACACAACCUGUAAGCACUUUGUAGCCUGAGGUGAUUUGAAAACUGUCACACGGAGUCAUCUUUCUAGCUUGCACCCUGUGCUGGCACUGACGCUCUGAGCUCUGAUGCCAAAUCAUCUGUAAUAUGCAAGUGUCUUUAGGUGAUGUUUUUGGAAAGGGGUGUGCAGUAUUCUUUGUGUGUCUGCAGGACUUCUGCCUGAGAGUCUUACAAGAAGUAAUGUAUUUGUCUAUUGUAGGUUCCACGCUUGGCUUUUCUGUGUUGUGCAUUUUGUUUUUGCAUUAACCCACUAGACUUGUAGAUUAGAAGCACUGACACUUUUGGUCCUUAAUAGGUUGCACAAAGGGCCUGGGGCAAUCUGAGAUCCUGUUUGGAAAGGGCUUGGCCAGUAAUCACUCUUAACUGGCCAGAUUGAUGUCUUUCCCAGUGUCAGGGACAACAGCCACAGGCUUCUGGAGAAAGAACCUGGGUGAGCAGCAUCACCACUCCCCCCAGAGCAUGCUCUCUGCUCAUGUGGCUUUAAUGUGCAGGCAAAAGAUCCGUAGAGCAGCUGCUAGCAUGGAGCAGCCAGAUGGUUGCUUCCCGGGGGCACACAGACCCACGUCUGUGUGCAGGGACAGACAGCUCGCUCCCAGCAUGGAGCAGCCCUGCACAGAGGGGAAUAGCGUAUUCCAGCAUGCAGCCCUGGUACCAGGUUAGUGAUGAGGAGAGCCCUCCUAUCACAGAUCCUCCUGAAUUCUUUUCUCCAGCUGGAAUACUUGAAGGCAGCUGCCCAAACUGUCUCUGGCAGUUAAUAAUACCUGAAUUACCUUGCAGUUUACUUCCUUGCAGUUUACUUCUUGCAUCUUGCUGAUGCUGGACUUGCUGGAAUCCUGCACUUAAAUGGUCCUCCUGAUUUUUGCCCUGUGUGUGCAUGUGUGCAGUGUGUUGGAAGAACCAACGUCUGUAGCAUUUCACUAGUCUCUGUGCUGGUGUGGAGGCCUGUCUACUACAGCCCUUGCCAAACUUACCCAGAAAGGACCAAUCUCUUUGAAUUUUCUGUAGCCUUUGAGGUGGUAGAUUUUCCAGGAAUAAAAAUCCCAUGGCGAGUUUUAAGGUAUGAUUUGCUGAUCAGACUGUACCCAGAAUUAUACUACUUCAGUGUACGUAGCUGUAAAGCAGCUUUGCUUAGAUGGGGUGUGUGAUUCAUUGCUUUUAAUUCAACUGUCUUUGCAGUGAAGCAGCUUUACUGUCUGGGAGGAUCCAGAUGAUGGCUGGAUUAGGGUUUUUUUCUAUGUGAAGAGCAGUGUUUAAUUUGUAUCAAGUGCUCUAAAUGUUGCUAGGUAUUAACUGACCUCCUCAGCUCUGAGUUUUUGCUGUCUCAGGCAGGCUUGGCCACUGGUACUGCCACUUUCCCAGGUUCAGUGCCAUUGUGUCAGCAGCGCUGAGCUGGCUGUGUUGUGCCUCAGCUGGGAGAGGCAGGGCUGAGGGAUCUGCUCAGCUAAAUGCCAGCCAUGGGAGCAUGGAGGCUCUCGGCGACGGUGGGACCUGUGCAUCUCUCCAGUGCUGUGAGCUGCUCUGCUCUCUUUCAAGCUUAUCUCCUUUUCAGGCAGUUGGCUUUGAAUUUUUGGUUAAAGGUGAGAGCUGUGCCAGGAACUAAAUACAUCUGCAAGAUGUGAACUCCUGCCACCACAUUUUCUCACUCAGACCAGGCUUGAGUGCUGAUUUGAGCAAAAAACCGAAGGCUCUUGUUUUUUUGUUUUUGUUCCUGCUGGCUGGAGUUGAAGAUGCUGAUCUCUGUCACUGGGUCCAGUUCCUGACAUUUCCCUGCAGGCUGCAGGGAGCUGUAGAAAUUCCUCAGAACAGAAGCUUUUUAGGAUUAUCUGUCACCAUCUGCCUGCAGCUUGAUAGAAAAAGGCUCUGAAACUCACCCUGGUGUCUCAGUGAGCUCUUGGUGGUUUGGCAUAAGUUCCAGCCCUGCUAAAGCCUGUGUUCCUUAACUCUAGAUUGUACCUGAGUGUGUGUGAUGGUUUGAUCUAAAGUGACUGUUUGGCUGUGGAUGGGCCUGGCUCUCCUUGUCUCACAGUACCACUUGCUGAAGGGGUGAGGUGUUGAGGUUUUCCCCCAGGUGCUUGCAGGUUUCUUGGUUGUGCAGGUAGAGUUUCCUCUUACGAGUUGUCCUUCUCCACAACUACAGUGCUGGGUCUUUCCCUGGUGCUGCAGCUGUCAGCUGAGGUCACGUUCCCAGUGUAGGCUGGAGCUCUUGCAGCAUCUGGAGAGGAAGUUGUGGCUGGGGGAAUGUGUCACCUGGGGAGAAGUCUGCUUCAGGGAGAAGGACGAAAGGUGAAGCCUCUGGAGACAGCACAGCUGUGAGUGGUGUCCCUGUGCGGGGCUUUUCCUGGCUCUUAAAGCUGAGGGCCGAAGGUGGAAUGAAAUCCGGCAGCCAGUUUCAGCUGCUGUGCGUGUGUGUGUGCGCGAGCAGGGUGAGAGAGAAAGUUCUUUGCUCUUCCAGCUCUUUGUUCCAGCCAGGGAGAGUAACUCUGGGUCACUGCCUGAGGCACGGCCAGAUCUCAUCUUCGUUCCCAGCUCCAUCCCCGCUGCUCUCGGCACGGUGCCGGCACGGCGCACCUCUCGGCUCGUCCUCCUCCCCCUGGCCGGAUCCGUGACCUCGCUCUCCAUCCGGGUUAUGCGCGAGCUGUCGUGCCCCGUCACGCUGAGCGGCCGUGCGCUCGUUCCCUCCCCGAUGACCAAUAAAUGACGCUUGGAGACACGGCA